GAAGGUCAAGGACAUUUUAAAACCGGAAACAGCAUGUCAGAAAUGGAUGAAAACAUAAGCGAGGAAGAAAUGGUCGAGGAUGAAGAUUCUGGGUCAGAUAUGGAAGAAGAUGAAGAUUACCAGGGUCCGAAAGAAGCUUAUCUUCCUGGACAACCGUUGAAAGAGGACGAGGAACUUGUCUGCGAUGAGUCGGCAUAUGUCAUGUACCACCAAGCUCAAACAGGUGCACCAUGUCUGAGUUUUGAUGUCUUGCAAGACAGCCUUGGAGAGAACAGAGAGGAGUUUCCACUCACAUGUUAUAUUGCAGCGGGAACACAGGCACAGAGAGGCAAGUCAAACCACCUGAUUGUGAUGAAAAUGAGCUCUAUGAAUCGUACAGGUAAAGCUAAAGAUGUAGAGGAUGAUGAAGAUGAUGAGGAAAGCAGUGAAAGUGAGGGCGAAGAUGAGCCAGAACUGGAAACAGCUGUCCUAAACCAUCCUUCAGGAUCUAUAAAUAGAAUAAGGGCUACGCAGUACAAUGGUAAAACAGUAGCAGCAACAUGGUCAGAUAAGGGCAAAGUUCACAUCUGGGACCUUUCACGACCCCUUCAGGCUGUAGAUGAUCCAAAUGUUAUGAGUGCUUACACAAGAAAUGAAGAAUCCCCAGAAGCAAUAUUUACAUUUACUGGUCACCAAGUAGAAGGAUAUGCUAUGGACUGGGCACAGACAUCCCCAGGUAGACUGUUAACAGGUGAUUGUAAGAAGAAUAUACAUUUAUGGACUCCACAAGAGGGAGGGAAGUGGCAGGUUGACCAGCGGCCCUUCAGUGCUCACUCAUCAUCAGUAGAGGAUGUUCAGUGGUCUCCAAAUGAAGAUAAUGUAUUUGCCUCAUGUUCAGUUGACAAAAGUAUUAGGAUAUGGGAUUGUAGAGCUGCCCCCAGCAAGGCAUGUAUGCUGACGACAGAAGAUGCUCAUGAUAGGGAUAUUAAUGUUAUACACUGGAAUAAAGGUGAACCAUUCCUGGUCUCGGGCGGAGAUGAUGGAAUACUAAAAGUCUGGGACUUAAGACAGUUUCAGCAUGGCAAAGCAGCUGCUUUGUUUAAACAUCACACAGCACCAAUCACCUCAGUAGAAUGGCAUCCAACAGACAGUUCAGUGUUUGCUGCUGCAGGUUCUGAUGACCAAAUCUCUUUGUGGGAUCUUGGUGUUGAAAAAGACUCUGAAGCAGCUGGUACCUCAGAGACGGAACCGGAAGUUCCAGCACAGUUGUUGUUUAUUCACCAAGGACAGACUGACAUUAAGGAGUUACACUGGCAUAAACAGUUACCUGGUGUUAUAUUAAGUACAGCUCACAGUGGUUUUAAUGUGUUUAGAACAAUCAGUGUAUGAGAAAAGGUGGGAGACAUAAACUUUGUGUUGCAGAAAAGGCUCAGAAGGCUAGUUUAGUCAGAACUGAUGAAAAAAGAAUCUUCUAAAGUUCAUCAAAAUGUGAUAAUGACUUUUCGUGCGAAGUAUUGGGCAUGGACUUACAGAUCAAUUUUUUAAUGACAUUAAUGAAUUGGACUUGAUGAAUAUCUAGAAAACACUUCACCCUCAAACAUUGGAUUUUUAGCUCACCUGUCACAUAGUGACAAGGUGAGCUUUUGUGAUUGCCCUUUAUCCGUCCACCCGUCACCUGUCUGUUCACAAUUUCUUAUGAACACGAUAGAGAUCACAACUUGUACUGGCAUAAUAUCUCGGUUCCUUUUAAAACCUGCUAAGAUCCCAUCAUGGGUUGCAGAGUUAGGGCCUCUUGAAGGGUCAAAAUUUGCUAUUUUGGCUUGUGAACACAAUAGAAACCACAUUUAGCAAUCAAUUUUAAUCAAACUUGCACACAACUUGUAUUGGCAUAAUAUCUCGGUUCUUUACGAAUAAUGGCCAGAUCCAGUCAUGGGUUCCAAAGCUUUUGCAGCCAUAUGGAGACUUCAUUUUAUGGUUUGAUUUGAUACAAACUUCAAAAUAUUUUACACAACAAAAGAUCUUGGAUAUCAUGAUGAAUCCAUCAGAUUCAAUCAUAGGUUCAACUUCCGGAGUUACAGCCCCUGAUUGACCCCUGAAAGAGCCAAAAUUUGUUAAUUUUUACCUUGUGGACACGAUAGAAGUAACAUUUUACAUUCAGUUUUAACCACACUUACACACAACUUCAGUCACAAUAAGAUCUUGGUUCCUUUUGUAAACCGGCUAGAUUUCAUUAUGGGUUCUAGAGUUACUGCCCCUGUAAGUGACAAAAUUUUCAAUUUUGGUCCUUUCAGCCAUAAAGCGGUUUCUUUUAUGCUUUGAUUUGAUACAAACUUGCACAGAAUGUUUAUCUUGGUGAUUUUAAGACAGGUUCGAAACUGGGUCAUGUGGGGUCAAAAACUAGGUCACCAGGUCAAAUCAAAUGAAAAGCUUAUUAACAGUCUAGCACUCUUCACGAAACUUGGUAAGAAUGUUUCUCUUGAUAGUUCCUAGGCCAAGUUCGAAACAGGGUCAUGUGGGUCAAAAACUAAAUCACCACUCAUCAAAGGAAAAGUUUGUUAACACUGUAGAUGCCACAUUUAUGACCGUAUCUUCAUGAAACUAGAAUGUUUAUCUUGAUUAUUCCAAGGCCAUGUUUAACAGGUGACUGAUAAAGGGUCAUCAGCUCAUUUGAGCACAGAAUGCUAUGUGAGCUAUUGUGAUCACUCACUGUCCGUUUUCUGUCCUUCAACAUUUUCCUCCGAACAGCAUCUCCUCUGAAGCUGAUGAAAUCUUGAUGUUCCUUGGGUGAUCUUCUUCCAGAAUUGUUCAGACAGUUUCUCUUGGUUGCAUACACGGGUUGCCAGAGCUAAAAGCAGAAAAAUCUUCAGACGACAUCUACUCUUAAACCACGUGUCCAAUUUGGAACCGUUUCAAACAAAUGGUCUGUCUGUUACCCUCUGCCGUGUUCAAAUUAUUCCUAUUUGUCGAAAAGUGUGUGGUCACUUUUCCCUACAUGUUCAUACGAGGGGUGUUCAAUAAAUACCUGAAAAAGUACUCUCAAUUCUUCAUGUAGCAUCAAAUGAGACAUUGUUAAUAAUCCCUUGCACUUGUUGAGAGUUUCAAGCAAGAGGUGUCAGAAAAGUUACCACAAGGAUAACUGGCUUGUGGCAGCCAAGCAUUCAUAGCGACGUUGCUUUUUGAUCCUUCGAUGUCGGCUCUUCCUAUCAUUGCGAAGCAGAAUUCGCCAAGCGUUACAAAUCAUUUAAAACAUUUUCAUUCCUAUUCACAGUUAAAACAUUACUCAGUUUGUCUGCAGUUUAUGCACGGUACUGCAGUCAGUCACACGUGCUUCAACUGGAGCUCCUAAGUUAGAAAUACAAAAUAGCAUAACGGUCUUUUUUGUGACUAUAAAAAGCGAGGAUAACGAGAAUAGCUGAAAUAAAAUGAAAUUGUCUUUGAAAUUUGUUGGCCAACUUCUACCUUCCUGCUAGCAUUUAAAUCACAGUAAUUGACAUGUUGUCAUGGCAUGUAGUUGCCGUACUUGCUGAAUAUUGGAAAAAAUGCAUUACCUUAUCAACUUGACAUUCUAUGCCACGCUACAGUAACCACAGGAACGUUUGACGCUCAAGUACAGACAUAUAAAUGAAAUAUGUAUAUAAUGUAGAUUAGGAAUACUGAGUUGAUGUCAAAACUAUAUUGUAUUUGAAUAAAUAAUAAGUAAAUGCUAGUCCCUAUGGCAAUGUCACGUGAUGUCAUCCAGCCCAAUUUUGUUUUAUUUUACAUUCGCUAAACAUUACUUGCCACAUACCUACUUUUCAAGAUACCUUUUCUUAAAUAUGGUGAAUAUUGAUGUGAAGUAUAGGCAUUAUGCCAGUAACGUCAAAUUUUAAAUAUGACAUCAUUAAAAUGUUUGACAUGCAUAUUGUGUUGGUCAUAGCCUGAAAAUCAGUGUUGAACAGAGACAUGAGGUAACGUUUUGUGAUUUGAAUCGAAAAUCAAGGAAAGAUAGAAAUGCUAUGCUGCCAAAGGUAUAUAUUUACAAAAUAAAGCUAAGAAAUGAAGGCUAAUACAUUUUAGUUUAUGUAUACCAAAAAUCAUCAAGAUCUGAGAUGUUGCCGAUAUUUGGGUGGAAAGUAGCAACCUACCUUAAAGUGUUCAAGAGAAUAUUGCUGACGACUCAUGGUACUGACAUGAAAAAUAACGUUCAGUCACGUUUUAUAAAUUAAAACGCUCUUUGAUAAGGCAUCACAGUUCAGCAUCCAGUUUCUUCAAUACGACAGGAAUAUCAUAAUCAUAUGAACAAUAUUUAUUUAUUUGUAGGAAGGUGUAUUUAAUGGUGAUAAACGUUGAACCAAUGGUAAUCAGGAGUUGUAUUGAUUAAUUAUAUGUGAUAUGACAGCGUCAUUUUGACGUUGGGCCACUUUUGAGGCAGUGACAUUGCCUAGGAGACAACAAAUAAAUAUUGUGCAUGUUCUAAAAUCUAUUAUUAAGAUAUUCUCAUUAAAUAUUCUCAUAUCCGUCAUAUUUUCAAAUUUAAGCAAAAUGGGAACAGAAAAAUGAAGAUAUGAGAGCAAUUUUCCGAGCAUUUAUUGAGCACCCCAUCGUAGUUGAAACUUUAAAAAUCUUCUUUUCUUAUGUGAAACUUCUGACCUGAUUUUAAAAUAAUUUCACAGAAAUGGUCCUUAUGUAACCCUUUAGCAAGAUCGAAAAACAUGGCCAACAGGGGGCGUGGUCACUUUUUCCCUAUAUGUGUACAAUAGAAACUUAAAAAAUUUCCUUGUCAGAAACUGCUAGCCCAGUUUUAAAAUAAUUUAAACAUAUGUUUCAUGGGUAACCCUUUACGAAGAUUGUAAAAAUUAUGGUAGCCUAUGGCUGUGAUCAUCUUUCCCUAUCACUAUGUAUAGGAAAUUUAAAAAUCUUCUUGUUGUUAAUGUCUCCUAGUAUCCUAUGUCAUCAUUCACCCAACCUCUUAACCGAUCCCCCGCCAUCACCCAGGCACUCACACACAAACCCUCCCCCCCCCAACCCCCUACACACACACACACAUACUUCUUUAGUAGAAACUUAUGAAAUAUUCUUGACGCUAUUUCAAAAUAAUUUCGCAGACAUUUUCCUUUCAUGACCAUCUACUCCAACUCGUCACCUUAGCGCAAAAAGUGAAUAAGUCCUUCUUUAAGUCAAUGCAGUUAUCCACUUCUUGCACUGAGGUGACGAACUGUUCAUGCAAGCAAUGUAACUCAGGUGAGCAAACUAGGGCCAUCAUAGCUCAUUUUUUCAUGAUGACUCAUAUUGGACAAAAGUCAAUAAAUCUAGGGUCAUAAAUAUAUGUUAAAUGAAAUUCUGGCAGUUACUUCGACUUGAUUAUGUUUGUUAAUGGAUCAGGGCUCCGGAAAUUUUGAUAACUUAAUCGGUCCGAAAUGAAAAUCCUGACAUCGGUGCUACCCCACCCACCGCAUUCCCAAUAUUACAUAUUUUGUAAAACGUGAUAGUGUAAAGAAAUAAGCAUGUCAUGCAUUAAAACUGAGUUACCGGUCACCGGGUGUUUCCAUACAAUGAAGACAGUUAUUCAGUGUUAUGUGUGAUCGUAACUUUGUUUAAAUUUCGAUGUUUUUCCGAGAAAAUACUUGUAAGGAUAAAAUUACCGAGGCAUUGACACCGUGUGCGUAACUAGUCUAAAAGCCAACGCAUGUGACCGGUACCGUAUACACGGCAGAUACAUUGUGAUGUUUCCUCAUUCUUUGACGGAAUUCUAUAAGAUACAAUGCGUCAAAGUUAAUUACACGACACAUAUUCUCUGCUAAACAGUCUCAGUAUUUUAAGAAUACUCUGCGGGGACCGAAUGUGUACGUUAUAUGAAUGCAGAGAUCGAAUUUCCCGCAUGUAUAGUACCAAAAGGUCACGCAUGUUGACCACGGAUAUUUCAUUUCACUUAUGUUGUACUUUAAUAAGCAACUACAUUUUAUAAAGUUAUAUGUUCUCUUCUGAUGUAAACAAAAUUUCAUUUUGAAACGUUUUUUAAAAGACCGAUUUGAUAAACUUCGCCACCCCAGUUCUCUUUAUCAUUCGUGUUGCCAGUCCAUUUUUUUUUUCUUUUUCUUUUUUGCACAGUCGGGUUGCAAAGACGAUUUUCUGCACUUGUUUCAACUGGAGCCCCAACAAAUGAAUCUUGUAAUUUUUUCAAAUCAAGUAAUUAUAAAAAAUAUUUUGAUCGGUUUUCGGUGUGAUGUCACAUUAAAUCAAAUGUACAAUUAUAGCUCUUUGAUUAAAUGCAGUGACCAUUUGUUUUUUACCGUGAUCAAACAUAGCCUUUUGAAAUAAACCAUCCGUCGGAUUCUAAAUAAAAGAAGUGGAUCCCCGUCGAAAUGAUUUGGAUCCGAUCAGACAUAUUUGGAAACCAGUCAAAAAUGUCCAUUGCAGUCGGCUGUCUGCAAACAUUAAAGGAUGUGCCGCGCGAGCACUGAUUGCGUCACAUGCUAAUUACGGACCAAUUAUCAAAGUGACAAUCAGACCGUUUGACACGUUUAUUGAUUAUCUGAGGGUGCGACCAACAAUAUCCUGCUUGGCAGUAGAUGGUGUAUUGAGAUAAUAAUAUAAUGAGAUAUCAGACCGAAAUUUAUACUUUUCUCCAUUUUUACAGGACCGAUUUUUUUCGUUUUUUCACUUCAUGAAUCGGUCUGAAAAGUCAAAAAUCGGUCCAAAACCGACAAAUCGGCAAAUUUCCGAAGCCCUGUAAUGGAUGAACUUGUAUACAUGUACCUGUUUAAGACAUAACAAAAUAAAACAGAAUAAAAUGUUACAGUCAUGUG